CCGUAUAACAGAUACUGCCAGAGAGCGGCUCCAACAACUAGUCAGUACGUGCAUCACCGGUCCCAUUACAGACCCUAUGCUCCUGGAGGUGAGACGAAACCAUGUCAUGAAAGACGCCCUAGGCACCAUACGGUACUCACAAGAUGACCUCAGCAGCAAACUCCAGAUCAAGUUCAUCGGUGAGGCGGGUGUUGAUCUCGGUGGUCUCCGUUGCGAAUUCUUUUCCCUCCUUGUAUACCAGUUCAGCCAUUCAGGUUCUUCUGGGCAUCUCACAUUCAGGAAGAACUAUGUGGAGCUUGAGAAAAACACUUUUUUCUACCUUGGCCAGCUGGUUGCUCUGUCCAUUCUCUAAGAUGGUCCAGGUCUGCCUGUGUUUGCUGACUGUGUGGUCAAGAAGAUCCUCGACAUCAGAACCAAUGAUGACACAUGCCUCAUCAGACAGAGAGUUACAAGAGCUGUAUUUCAGCAUUUACGACCAGCGAGAGGCAGCAGGCUUCAUCCUCCCGUGUAACUCAUUCAAAAAAGACCACAUCCCCCUCCUACAGUCCGCCCUUGUGAGCAACAUGGUCCUGGAUUGCAGAGAUGAACUGGACCAGUUCAUUGAAGGUCUACGAACUCACAAUGUGCUGACAUUGGUGAGGGAGGAGAAGCUAUGCUGUCUCCUCAGCGGUGGGAAGCCUCCAGUCACCGCUGCUGAUGAAAGAGGUCUGCUUAACUUCAAGUACCGUCAGGAUAUCAACCGGGAGGCUGACCAGGAAACUGGCCAGCAGUUUGUAAGAUUUAUUCAGGCGACGAAGGGUGAUGGGGCAACCGUCAAUGGGAUUACCCUGAAGCCACAUGAUGUCCUCAUGUGGAUGACGGGAUCAUCAGAAAUCCCAGCUGUGGGUUUCCACAAGCUCAUUGACAUAGAGUUUGGGUUGGAGGAAAGGGUUAACACAUGUGCACUAUGUGUAACUCUCAAGCAUCUGACGCCGAUGGUUGAGGACCCUGUGUUGUAUUUCAGUGAGCGUUUAAUUAACUCAUCAACAUUUGGUGCUACGUUACAUGUCUAUAUGUUAUGGAGACUGUCAACUGUGUUGUAUUUUUAGCUAUCCUAAAGUUUGAUAACUUUUGCAAUAUUGAAGAAAGCAACUUCAUAUUUGGCAUGCAUGUGUAUCUCACAGAGCUGCACAUUUUUAGUGGUGAAAAGUCAAGGUCAUUCUUCAAGGUCAAAGAUAAUUGUAUUUUUCUGUCCUAAAACUUUAACCUUCAUUAAAGUUUGGUCAUUACUUUUUGAAUAUUGAAGAUAGCAACUUGAUAUUUGACAUGCAUUUGUAUCUCAUGGAGCUUCACAUUUUGAGUGGUGAAAGGUCAAGGUCAUCCUUAAAGGUCAAAUUAAUGGCUUCAAAGCGGGGAUAUAGGGGGCAUUGCGUUUUUGACAAUCUCUUGUUUAACAUUCAGCAUGGUGUCCACUCUCUAAUUCUAGUAGUUUUCAUCCGCUCUUCUCCACACUUGGUCAGAAGUUGUAUCUAGAUGAUGGCAAAAACUAGGUCAGGGAGUCACCUAGUGUCUUUAAAACAUUGAGCAUGGUGUCUGCUAUUUUUUGUGAAGGUAACAUGCAAAAUAUUCUAAGUCAAUGCGGCAUGAAACUAUUUUACUUGUGUAUACUUUAAAUUGAAUACUGCUUAAAAUGAGUAGUAUAUGAGCAAUACAAACAAACUCAUUUUGUUUAUACUUUUGCACUUUAUUAAUUUCAUACACUGUGUUCAGGAGAAAGGCUGUAAAAUGAAAAUACAAGGAAUUUUGCCAAGGGUGUGGAUUAUAGUCUUCCUUCGGCGCCCAGCGCUCAAAACAUCGUCCACACGGACUGUGAUGGAAAUCCUCUGCAUCCGACUUCCACCGUAAAGAUCCAUGUCCUCCAGCCUCUAUCUCUGUAUACAUCUGCCAGAUCCUGGUAUUUGGCUUUCUUCAGCUCAUAUGCCUCCUCGAUCCUCUCCUCCAUGGCACAGUUAGCGCUAAAAGGAUCACCGCUUCGCCGCCUUUGACCAUAGCACUAUUUCAGGUCCAAGUAAAAUACAUGUAUAUUCACUUUUUGUUUAAAAUGCUGUGUUACAUUCAUUGUGUUUAUGCGAUCAAUAUUUAAUAACUUGACAUGAAAGUCUAUUAAACAGUCGUUUUAUACAGGGACGUAAUUUCAAAGGACACUAACUUUGUGAAAGGGUUUAUAUCGGUGUAUGCAAUAUUUUUAACAUCACUGUGUGCUAAGAGUGUGCUAAGAGUGCAUUAUACCAACAGGAAUUGUUUUAUAAACCAAGGCAUUCAGCUACAGUAUUAUAACCAACUCAGUACUUUAUCUUUUACAUCCUUUCUUCAGACAGAUUAUAAAAGCAUACAUACGUGCGUGCGUUCGUGUACUUACAUACGUACGUAGGUACGUACGUACACACACACGCGCGCGCACACACACACACACACACACACACAUACAUACAUACAUACAUACAUACAUACAUACAUACAUACAUUACGAUCGCUAGCUGUUAAAUAAGGACGAAAAUAAAUAUCACAGUCCAAAUGGAAGAUGUAAGUACAAAUUGAAUAAAACAAACAAUUAAUGUUGUUGGUUGUUAAAUAAUUCGAGACAUAUUAAUAGAAAUGUUAACUUGUCUUCAGUUGCCGCUGUGUAAUCUUGUAUCCGUCUCCAAACGAAUUUACAUGAUAUAUAUUAAAUAUAUUUACAAGGCUGAUUUUAAAUAGCUAGAAAAUGACCCAAUCUGGUAAGAUGUGGCAUAAUUAUACUCGUAGCAUAUGCACAACACCGAAGUCCGCUCGUGAUCACACAUUGACAAUGUCAGUCAUAUCAUGAAUAUUUAGCAUUUCAAUAAUUUCAAUAUGUCCUACUUGUUAUGUUCCAUCUUUGUCUCAGUCGGGUUCAUCAAUAUUCUGCAAUUUAAACUGUGUUACCUGAUUAUUAACUUCAGUGCUUAAAUUUGGUGACAUUGUUGUAUUAAAAUUAAAAUAACAUUAAUUCCUGUUGAUAUUAUGAUCAAAUCGAGUGUUAGCGCACAUAUAUUCAGUGUAUUGAUCCCAUGGCAGCGUAUUGAUCCCAUGGCGUCUCUUUUCGUUUCAAAGUUAUUUGCGUUACUACACUAAUUGCUGUGAAGUUUAAUAUAUUCUAAGCCAGGGUUACGAUGUUUGAAAGUGUCCAAUUAUAAACAAGUGGCGUUACCAUCUUGAUGUUUGUGAUUUAUCAAGACAAAACAAAGAAAAUAUGGGAAGUUUCUUACUUGUCCUGGCUUUGGCGUCUCAUGUGACACCUUCGUAAAGUGUAUUUAAGAUCGGCUGUUUUAGGAGAAAACCCGAGGUAUUAAAGUGCUUCCACCUACAGCUUUGAAACUUCAUAUGUAGAUGCACCCCGAUGAGUUCUACACGCCACACCCAUUUUUGGGUCACUGGGUUAAAGGUCAAGAUCACUGUGACCUCUAAAAAUAUUCUGACAUGCUUUCAUUUAUUCAAAACUGCACCCGCAGCCGAGCGUUGGCACCCGUUAUGCGGUGCUCUUGUUGUAAAAUCUGUUUUUUCCUUAACCCUUAGCAGUCUGCACAGGCUAAUCUGGGAUGACACUUUACGCACAUGCAUUAUGCCCAGUUUUCUCAGAACACGACUCGUAUAAUUAUAGACAGUACACAUGCAAAACAAUUAAUGUCACAGUGUCAUACUUUAUAUAUAUAUAUAUGGUUGUAGACAGUGACAUACAAAGACAAAGCAAUUUGCUUAGAAGUUUGAAAAAAAGAGAUGUGUUCGUCAGAAACAAAAUACCCCCUACUACGCCGCUUUGAAGCCAUAUAUUUGACCUUUGACCCUGAAGGAUGACCUUGACCUUUCACCCCUCAAAAUUUGCAGCUCCAUGAGAUACACAAGCAUGUCAAAUAUCAAGUUUAUAUCU